AUGCCCCCACGUGGGCCUACCCCACCGUUGACAGGCCAUUCACCUGGCGGAAAUCCUACAUGCCGGAUGCAAUCUGCCGUCAUGACAAUGUCUGGAGGCCCUCAACACCCAGGUCAUCUCGGACCACCUCCACAACCGCCCCAUUCACAGAUGCACCCAGGACCUAUGAUGCUCCAGGUUGGCGGCCCAGGUGGAGGCAUUCCUGGCGGUCUUUCAGGAGUUCAUUAUGCACCGCAUGGUCCACUGCCUCCCGGCGGUCAUAUUCCAGGUGGCUCUGAUCGAUCAGAUCAUGGCAUGCCUCCGAUGCAGCCCGGUCAGCAACAGCAGCUUGGUGCUUCUAUGAUGCAGCACCAUCACGGACCUCCACAAACUGGACCCAUUGGUAUUCCGUCUAUGGGUCCGCAUCAGCAAAUGCCACCAGGACCUAUUCCCCCUCACGGCCAUCCGCAUCAUCUUCACCAUCCUGCCCACGGACCUUUAUUGCACCGUAGUGGAUUACAGCCUGAAUUCCGGAUUUAUGAACUGAAUAAGCGCCUGCAACAACGAGCAGAUGUGAGUUUAGAUAUUGGCCGAACAUUGAUCCCGCGUUAUUUUCGCAGCAUCUUUGAGAGUGGUUGUAGCGAGCUCUACUUUAAUCUUCGUCAUACUCGAGAGUCUUUCCACAAUCCCAUAUUAACACUUGACUCCGAAUGCGCUAAUAUGGUUAUGAAUAUGAUUCGCCCAUUCCCCACAACUGUUGUCGUUGAAGCCCAGUUUUCCCUUGGUUUUACUUUGGACGAACUCAUGCGUAUUCGUACUUGGACGUUUCAAAUCCGAUCUCAUCGGGAGCUUAUAAUGCGCUCCAUGCUAGGGAUCCAAGACCCCGCCUUAUUCGAGCAAGUAUCAAAAAAUGUUACCAGGUCAGGCAUAAUGGCAAACACCCUACAUUUUCUUCGGCUGUGUGUAAUCCUGGAGCCAAUGCAGGAACUCAUGUCUCGCCAAAAGUUCCAGAAUCUUUCUCCUCGUGAAUGUCUUCGGAAUACACUCAUGCAGCGCUGGAAGCGGAUAACUUCAAUGCAGAACCAACCAACUAAACCUGGCACGUUUAUGCUCAUCAUUUUCCCCUUUUUUUUACGGUUUCGUCCUCUGUUUCAGCCUAAUCGUCCAACCAAUAAACGAAGGAAGCGGAAAGGUUCUUCAGCCAACUCAGAGGCUGGUGGUGGUGGCGUCGGAGGUCGGUCAACAAAGCGCAAACAAUCUCCCGUGCCUGUGCCUUCUCAGAGUCUUGCUCAACCCGGCGAUAUAAUGAUCGUGGGUGAGCCAACUCUGAUGGGUGGCGAAUUUGGCGAAGACGAUGAGCGACUGAUUACACGCCUUGAAAAUAGCCAGUACGAUCCCGCUGCGGCCGCGGCUGCUCUAGCAGCUCAACAGCAGAUGGUUGCAAUGGGAGGAGCGCUGGCUCAACAUCAUCAUCCGUCUGCUGCUUCAGGUAUUUCUCCUUUUAACCGGCCACCUGCUUUCCCUCCUGCUUUUCCUGGGGGACAGUCACCAAUGAUGUACGCCCCAGCACCUCCCUACGCUCCUCCACCUACUGCGUCUUCAUCAUCUCCUUCGAUGAAGCCUCACCAGUCGCCGCUGUACGGUCAUCCUAACAGCGUACCUCCGCCGCCCCUGCCCUACGUAGGCGGUCCACCUGGAGGAUCGAUGAUGCCUGCGAGUGUUCCGACACCUCAUGCACAAGGCGGACGGAUCAUGUCUCCGAUGGGAACUCUUGGCGUGGGCAACCCCUCAACUCCUAUUGGACCAGGCGGACCUAAUCCAGCUAACACAGCGAUGAUGCUCGCCCCUCCACCAAGUCUUGCCGACUCCGAAUCCGGUGGGAAUGGUGGGAUGGGUCAACAGCCGCCGCGUUCGAGUAGUGCCUCCUCUCUGCAUACCGGUGGUGGCUCUGCCACUUCGGCACCCGCUUUCCCUCCUCCACCACAACAGUCGGUGCUGGAGGGCGUUACUCCUCCACCGGCUCUCCAACAGCAGCAACAGAAUGGCCCUGUUUCCUUCCAAAGCCAGAAGAGCCCUGUCCUCAGUAGCCCCGGUGCCUCUGCUGCAGGGCCUAGUGCACUUCAGUUCCCUCCUCCAAUGACCUCGCCUUUUGACCCCACAGUGGGAGGUGGAGGUAGAGCCACAACACCUCGGUUGCAACCACCUAGUUCGUCGACGCAACAGAUGUCUGAUGGUUCCGGUCCCGGGUCGAUCGGUCAUCCGGAUGGUCGAUCUGAGACGCCCAAUCCAAACGGUUUCACGGGUGGCAGCGUUCCCCCUCUUGGUGACGCCGUGCUGCAGCAGUCUGUCCAUGUUCCCUCUUCAAAUACUGCCCCCGUUCCUUUGGCAUCCACGAUCACCUCUCAGCCGGCCUCUAACGGGUCUGGGGCCUUUGCCUCUACGCUUUCCUGUCAAGAUCCCAUUUCAAACUAUGCUUUUCCACCGCUAGAAGAAGAAAACAAAUUCCCUAGAAACCUUGAUGGGUCUGCGCCACCCAAUGUCUUGCCCAAUCAUGACGCCAGUGAUCAGGUGGAACAGGGUCAGACUCCCCUAGACUACCUUCUUCUUCCAGUUUCCUCAGCGCCAUCCGUGGUGUCAGGGAAGCUUCCGGAGUUAACAAUGGAAGUGCAUGAAGGUGGAGACACCACAUCUUUUGUUGCGACGACAGAUUCGUGA